AUGUCAACUGUCAACAGACUGCAAUGCAUUGGAAAGCUUGGCGAAGGAACCUAUGGAGUGGUGUACAAGGCGAGGGAGUUGGCCACCGGUCAGAUUGUUGCGUAUAAACGCAUUAUCGUCGGCAGUGAGGAUGAUGGUGCACCAUCGACCGCCAUACGGGAGAUUGCGCUUCUUAAGGUUCUAAGGCAUAAUAAUAUCGUGCGACUCUAUGACGUGCUUUUCGAGCCGCCAAAACUUACUCUUAUUUUUGAGUACUGCGAAUAUGAUCUUAGGAGAUUCAUGCACAAACACGACUCCAGAGUGCGCACACAGGUUAAGGAAAUUCUCAAACAAGUCCUCCUGGGCCUUCGGUACAUGCAUCAGCGGAGUGUCGUGCAUCGAGAUUUGAAACCAGACAACAUUUUUGUUAGGGUUGACGGAAUAUCAGGGUCUGAGGGCAGUGAAAUGUCAGUCUCUAGUAGGGAAACGGAAGUAGUUAAUACGCGAGGGCACUGGGACGACAUUGAUGAGGCAGCCAACUGCCCCAAGAAUGCGAACCCCACCGAAAACCCUAACGCCAGGAUCGCUUCGGAGGACCAUGGAGCCGAUGGUACUGUCCCCUCUGGCUCAACCACUCCGACUUCACAGUUGGUAAUUAAGUUGGGUGAUUAUGGGAUGGCCCGUAUAGAGAGUAUCCCAGUAAAAAAGUACUCUCACGACGUGGCAUCCCUCUGGUAUCGUAGCCCUGAUGCGCUGCUGGGAUCUGCAAUGUACGGUUUCGCCGUUGACCUGUGGUCGGUUGGCUGUAUCUUCGCAGAAAUGGUUACGGGCGCCCCAUUAAUACGCGGAAAUACCGAUGUGGAUCAGUUGCUCAAGACGUUCAAGCUGCUUGGCACGCCCACACCUGAGACGUGGCCAUCUAUGAAAAAUUGCCCCAAGGCCGUACAACUUCUCAAGGCUGCAGCCGAAUUGGCCAGGGGGGAACCUGCAGAAAAUGGAAAAAAAACAAAGAAUUCACGGGGUGUCCAUAAACAGCACGAGAGGAAUCUCCCUAAUGUGCAAAAAACUGCAACAGGCACCUCACACCUCUCCGCCGUAAUGCGUGUAGGUAUUGAUGGAGAGAGUGGUUGUGUUGCGGACCCCAGGGACGAGCUGUAUCAUUUCCCGCCGGAGUUGUGUUUUCCAUCCGCAUUCGAUGAGUAUGUGAAAGCAUCCGGCUUCCAGGGACGCGUGGGUGUUGAAGGUACUGAUUUUCUACGGAGGCUGAUCCGUUAUGAGCCGUCACAGAGGAUGUCGGUUCAGGAGGCGCUGUCCCAUCCUUUUGUCAGUAACACAGUGGCACUAAUGCAGCGGCCGCUUGAUGUCAUGGCUUCCAUGUUACGCCAAUCACUUCGAGAACACAGUGUAUAUCCGUAA